AUGGCCCGCCACCGCAUCUUCUAUGACUCCUUGCCGUUCUCACAGCUGGACCGCCUGAUCGAGGAAGCGUUGACCUCAGAACAGCGCUCCAACGACAACUUCCAGCUCAUGAAUGGGUCGCAGAUAUGGCGACCAAGGAUGGACGUCCACGAGGACCUGAAGCACAACAGGGCCAUAGCGACUUUCGAGCUGCCCGGUCUGCAGCACCAGGACGUCGGUCUUGAGUUCCUCAACGGUAACCUCACCGUCUCUGGUGAACUCAAGCCUCCUGCUGGCAUCAACAUCAGAGCAGGUGUUCGCGAACGCCGCUAUGGCAAGUUCGCCAGGGUUCUGUUUUUACCAAGUGACGUCAAGCCGGAGGAUAUCAAGGCGGCGAUGGAGAACGGUAUCCUGACUGUCAAGUAUCCUCUCACGUCGGCGCGACAUGAGCCCCCAAAAAUUGCGGACCCGUGA